AUGGAUGUAGGUAACUUUGUGGAGAUGACCGACGUGCGCGACGGAGCGCAGGUGGAGAGCCUGGACGAACCCACACGGUUGCUUCUGUGGUCCAUCCGACAGAUGAGCGUAGCGGAUGUCCAGAGGGCCCUCAACGAGGGGGCGAACAUAGAUGCUGUCAGCAAGGACGAUGCGGAUAGAAGCGCUCUGCACAUGGCGGCUGCUCAAGAUUCCGAAGAGUGCCUUAUGGUGCUCUUGGGGUGUGCAACUAGGGCCCGCCUGUGUCUCGACGCCAACGGCCAGACGGCGCUACACACGUGUGCUCAGUCCGCUACCGCGCUCACCUCUCUUUUACUCCUCAUCGCCGCGUAUGGGAUGAGUCCGGUGGCGGAUCACCAUGGAGACACGUUUCUGCACUGCUUGAUGAGGAAUAAACGAAUUUCAGAAGAGCAGCUCCUUGAGUUUGUGAGGUGGCUGACGAACCAAGAGGUGUCUUUGCCCCUCCUCAACACGAUCAACAAAAGAGGCGAGACGGUAGCCGAUGUGGCGUUUAGAGCGGGAAGAUACAGUGGCCGCUUUCUGCAGGUGCUGUUGAGCAGCGGUGCUCGGGAGGCGAAGGAGCUUUACGCCGCCGCGCGACGACAGACGAUGCGUGCUGAAGAUGACGAGCGUCGCAGGACGGGUGCAGCUGAGAAGAAGCACCGGCGAAGACUACUGCGCGCCUGCGCUAGGCAUCAUGAACUGCUGCUGCGUCACAUGGCGAGGCGCUCCCGCGUGUUUGACAAGGAGGAAGAGAGGCGGCGUCGACUGUGGCUGUGUGAACACAAGGAAAGGGGAGUUAUUGCUGCGCUGGCCAUUAGGGAGUUGGUCCGAGCAAAGGAGAUGGAAUGGGAGCGUCUGGCGGCCGAGAGAGUGGCUGAGGAAAAGCAGCGGAUUGCUGUUGCGCUGCUGCCGCCUCUGACGGCCAUGAGGGAAGAGGGUAUGGCUGUUGCUGUUGUUGGUAAUGGUCCUUUUGGCGGAAGGCCGCCCGAGAUGACCAGCGGCUGUAAGGGUGGUGUGCCGACCGACGUGAGGCGCAUUGCUGCGGCAACUACGAUCUGGGAGGCAUACUGCGCGUACAGGCGGCGAAAGUUGGGUGCGUUGCGGAUCAAUGAGUGGUCACGGGAGGCGUUGGACACCGUACCCAACGCCGUGACGUGCAUUCAGGCGCACGCACGGGGCUUCAUCGCACGGCGGCGGUACAGGAUGAUCCACAGGAGCGCGUUGCUGAUCCAGCGAGCAUGGAGAGCAUUUGUGCGCCGCCGACUCCAACAGGCGACUGACGUGAUCCGCAACGGAAUUGAGUGCUGCUACUUCUCUCAGCGUGUCAAGCUGCUAGUGUCUGAGGGAACGCAGUUUUUGGUAGGGGAGCAGAUUCAUGGUGUGAUGCACGCCGUGACGCAGUUGCUAUGGCGAGAGAACUUUUGUGCCGCAUUUUGUGAGAUUGUGUUCCGUAGAAAGCGUGAGCGGGCGCCUGCCCUUCGGCGGGAGAGCCGGUAUAAACGCCUGCGGCGGCUGCAGCUGCGGCUACUGAAAUGGCUCCUCCUUGUGCAAGUCCUGCUGGGCGUGUUCAUGCUGCUUUUUAUUGGGCUUCUACCCCAUCCGUCGAAUGCCCGUAUCAGUGAGGCAGUGGAUGUGACUGUCUGCGUGGUGCUGCUCAUGCUGCUGGUGGUCAUGCCUUUGCGACUCUGGCGAUUGGUCGAUGGUGCCAUCGCGGUCACGGCGCUUGCGUGUGCCUGUGCACGGCAGCGCAGCGGUGUAUGCAUUACAACGCUUCUGGCACUGAAGUUCCCCUUCGUCGUGCACGAGUUUUUCCCCUCACAUUCGGGUACCCGCACCUACUGCCGCGCAAUCGAGCAGGCUGUGUUCCAUUUCGUAUUGCUGGCGCCGCUGGGCCUCGCUGGUGUUGGGGCUGCUGUACGCAGCCUUGCGCUGAACAACGCCCUUCUGAGUAGUACGGGAAACUGGGGUUCCGUCUUCCUUGCCGUGUGGAGUACACUAUCCCCGCAGUACCGCAUUGAUCGGCUACUAAAUCCUGGUGAGCCGUACCCUGACGCGGGCGCUUCUUUUGCGCCGCAGCUGCCCGCUUGUCUGCGCAUGUCGGAGCACGUCCAUCUGGAGGGGGACAAAGUGCUGCUACGGCAGCAGACGCCCGUUGCUGAGGUUGCUAUUGCGAACUUAGCUCUUGUGUUCUGGACGUGGGCGGCGGUGAUUCUUGGGGUGCACGACGCGAUUCGCAAGCACUACGACAUCAGUGAUGAAACAAAGCUUCGGAAGAACCGGAAUCGGUUCCGCGACACGCGCAAAAUGGAGCUUCUGAAUGAGGCGCACCGUGCCAAAAACAUGAUGGCUCUGGAAAAACAGCUAGAUGGCCUGCUGUGGGAGUCGGAUGUGCGCGCGGCCAAGGAGGCCAUCGAUGCGUCGCAUUACGACCACAAGGCCGACAACACGGUUCACCGAUUUGUGCGGAGGGUGCAGGACAGCGUUGUUGCGGGUGAGAUGGACCUGGGUAACCUAAGCAAGACAUCUGUGUCGAUGUUUGCGGCGCCCAUCACUGCUGAGUGGGGCAAGUGGGACUGCCGCAACGAGCACCCCGAGUCGCGUCUCAUGUACGACAUUGGCAUCAUAGAGGCCGCGCUGGGGGCGCGGGAGCGGCUGACGUUUGCAGAGAGACUCCUGCGGCGGCAGUGGACGGGUCCCGUGAGCAGGCGGGAGAUGACGCUGUUGGUCAUUGUUGUGCUCGUCAUGGCUGCGGCAAAGCCGAACAAUUACGGGAUGGAAGUUGGGUUCAGCGCCAUCUUCACGCUGGAGCUGAUGUUCUCAUUCUAUUACCUACGGAUAGAGUUUUAUUUCAAGCAUUACAUCCGUCUCCUCAUCCGCCUCUUCUGUGUGGUCGUUGGCUUCGUUCCCUUUAUGAUACCGUUUGCCGUCCUGCGGUUCCUCCGCUUCUGUGAGGGUUGGUCAAGCGUAUUCCAAGUGCCGGGGAUGACGCGAUACGGGUUUGCUUACCUCUUGUUAUCGUUCUUCACCAUGUGGAUGAUCUGCUUUGUUGCCAUGUGGCAGUUUCACGUUGAGUAUGGACGGGAUGAAAUCUGCAGUAGCGGUGUGGACUGCCUUUCCACGAGUGUGCGAGAGAUGGUGCUACCUGCGUGGACCCCCACGCAUAUCGACGCCGCCUCCGAGGCCCCUGUCGCGUGCCUUAUCAUUGUUGUGUUUCAGUUGGUGUUUAUACCCAUCGCUGUCACCAUUGUGCUACAUCCGCUCCUGCAUCUCUCGAGUUUCAUUGGACGCUUCAUCCGUCUUGUGGUGCAGAGCCUGCACCACGACGUUGUGGAGUACAUCAAGAGCUAUGUGGAGGGCCCAUUGUGGUUCUCACACUGGCGGCUUCACUGCGACAUCUCCGCGAGGACCAUNCGAAGCUGCGCAUGUGGGUCUACGACACCAGGCGCAGGCUGCAAACGGGCUCCAAGGACGAAGCGCCCCCGCUGUGGGCGUCAUACUUCGGCCCGCGUAUCAGCCAUCUAA